AUGACUGAAGGCUCGGAUGUCAAUGAUUUCCUGGAGCGCAUUCGGGAACUAGGCGAGCGGCGCGACAAGGAAGAUGAAGAGCGCACCAAGAAACUGGAGGAAGAGAUUCUGCAGGGCCGGAAAGAAAGGCAGGCCCGGAGAGCUGAACGAGCACGAUCCCUCGCCCUCACAGAUGAUUCCCCAACCCUCAAUGUCGCGCGACUGAGCGCUUCCUCCAUCAGCCCUGGCUCGAUCAACCCGCCGGAACACCUCGAGCCGACUCCGCGACAAGAGACACAGGAUAUGGACAAGUCGGAGAAUACCGCGUCCGCCGAGGGGCGUGGAUCAGUUCAGGAUCCCAUGGAUUCGCCUCGAUCCCGCCCUCCGUUGUCUCGUAGCCGAGCAGGGACCUUGUCAUGGCAGCAACGCCCUUUGUCGCGAGAGUUUGGGUCUCCCACAGCCUCCCCAACCCGCUCUCCGACGCGUGCAAGCCACUUGAGAAACUUGUCCACGGCAUCUGAUGAAAACAGGCUGUCCCGCCCCUUUGCGUUUGCGCGCCCAACAGACUCGUCUCCCCAGAGCCCGGAACGAGGCGUUGGCUCGGCAUAUCGUAAAAAGGAAGAACGGCCGGAUAGUGUCACAGAGUCAAGCGCCCCUCAGCUGCCGACACCGAGUGUGGACCAUGAACCGAGUGUCGAAGUUGAGAAGCCAGAGGCAGAGAGAUCGCCGUCCAUUCCAAGAACCGGGUCUCGGGAUAGCAACACGAGCCAUCGCUUCUCUGUGUCAUCAGUCUCUGGGCUGGGGUCGCCAGUGCAUCUGUCAGAGGCUCAAAAGCUCGAGCCACUGCAGGCUGAGUCUUACCUCGAGGAUCCUAUGCCGGAAUCUCCAACCCAGCGGCGAAUGUCUCCAGAGCGAACGCGGUCAACAUCGCCCACAAAGGGGCUCGGGGGGUUCGUUCAAAGUGCAAUGAUGAGACGGUCAGACAGCGUGUCGAAAAGGUGGAGUGCUCAGAUUCCGCAAGGACUGAGUCGGUCCAACUCGAUCAUCUCAAAUCGCAGUAGCGUAGCAGGUCCAAGUUUGAGUGAGAUGGCCCCUCCUUCUACUCGGGGAGUUGGCCGCGAAACUCCCACUCUUCCCCGACGACCAGGCUCCAGCCACAGCGAAGCACCCACAGAAAGAACCGAGAGACCAACAACACCUUCUGGGCCCCCACCUGCACUCUCAGAUAGAAACAACGUGCGCGCCGACGGAAGCCCGAGCAGAACAAGUCGACCCCUUCACUCCAGGUCUGCCAGCUCAGUGACCGCAGACGGCAACGACUCUCCGUUUGUAUCACGCACUAUGGACCCUAGACGCUGGAGCCCCAGCAAGGCUACCUGGCUGGAGAGUGCUCUCAACCGGCCUGAGUCGCCGCGCUCUACCCGACCCCCCUCGCAGCCCUCCUGGGCCAGGGACCGACAGUCUCGGGGCAGUGUCGACAUGGGACGGGUAAGCAAUUUCAAGGAAGUCACUCCCAUUGGUUUGAUGCGAACACCCCCGCCAGGACUUCAGUUCAAGAGACCCAGUGUGUCCGGUCCGUCGCUGCCUGAAAGCCCGGGAAACAAAGCGAAGGAAGCUGUUCCUGAGUCUCCAUCUGUUCUGGGUACCCCCGUUGCCAGCAAAGUGAAGGAAACAAUUCCAGAAACUCCCUCCGCCCCCGAAGUCCCUGAGACCAAAGCGGAGGAUACUCCAGGAUCCCCCUCAGUUCUCGAGACUUCUGAUACCAGCAUGGCAAACCAGACGAUUCCUCACUCUCCUUCUGCAGGUAGCUCUGGACCCGUCAAAUCGAGGGAAGCAGCUCCAGAACGUCCCUCGCCUCCUGCGGAAACACCGUCCACGCCUGUCAAGGAGACGACAGAGGAACUCAAGUCUGUUUCUCUCGCUGAACAAAAAGGCGAAUCACAAGAACCGGCAGCUGAGGCAUCCGCAG